UCCGCGGAGGGCGGAAGUGAUGCAGCCUGUGCUCCUCCGGCAGUUAAUCCGUUUAUGUGAUGCUAAAUGUCUCCUGAUUCAGGUGAACCAGCGCCGUGAAGGUGUAGUGGGACUAUGAGAUAUUCCGUUAGCCUUUAACAGGCGGCACGAACGGAAAUGGACGCGUCCCGGAGGAGCGAAAGUGAAUGGCAGGGGAUGCUUAACGAGUUUUUGGUCUGUAAGCGGAAGCUGGAAAGCAAGAAAGAGGCUCUUCUGAUUCUGUCCAAGGAGCUGGACACCUGCCAGCAGGAGAGAGAUCAGUACAAGCUUAUGGCCAACCAGCUCCGCGAGCAACACCAAGCCCUCAAGAAGAAGUACAGAGAACUCAUUGAUGGAGAUCCAUCUCUGCCUCCCGAGAAGAGGAAUCAAGUGAAUUUCGCCCAGCUGCUGAGAGACUCCAGAGAAAAGAGCAGUCAGCUUGCCGAGGAGGUGAAGGAUCUGAAGCAGCGACUUGUGGAGGCUCAGGGUGACAACAAGCUCCUUCGGAUGACCAUCACCAAACAGAGGCUGGGGGAUGAGGAGGUUGGCGCUCGACACUUUCCCGCACACGAGAGAGAAGAUCUGGUCAAACAGCUGGAAUGCGCAAGAGAACAGAACGAGGUGCUGGAACACAGCGUGAAGUCCCUGACAGACGAGCUCCAGGACGUCCAGGCGGAGAGGGACGUGUUCCAGCAGAAGGCUCAUCGGCUCAACACAGAGAUGAACCACAUCGUGGGCAACGGCCAGAUUCGGAUUCUAGAUAUAGAUGCACUCUGUAUGGAGAACAGGUAUUUACACCAGCGGCUGAGCCAACUUCAAGAAGAGGUCAAUCUGCUCAAAACGAAUCUGCUAAAGUAUAAGAGCGCUCUGGAGAGUCGGAAGAACUCCAAAAUGAGUGGCAAACCCAACAGCAGCGCCCUAACCGGGGUGCUUUCUGCAAAACAAGUGAAGGAGCUCUUACUGUCUGAGGAAAACAGCUGCAGUCUGCCGGUGACCCCUCAGUCCAUCUCAGACCUCAAAUCUCUGGCAACAGCUCUGCUGGAAACCAUCCACGAGAAGAACAUGGUGGUCCAGCACCAGCGUCAAAUCAACAAGAUUCUUGGAACUCGAGUAGCAGAGCUGGAGAAAAAACUAAAAACCCUGGAGAUUUCUGGAUUAUGGAGCCUUCCAGGCCUGACUUAUAAUGUGUCUCUGGGAAUAUGUGGAAGGGGAAAAGACACCAUUAUCCUAAACUCCCAACAAGUGGAAUCUCCUGGUUUGCCAACACAAGAAGGUGUCCAAGUUUUUGAAAAUGUUCUUGCUGAGCAUGAGAGCACCCCGGAAGCUGUCGGCCAAGCCAGAGAACACGCACCUGUGUCGGAUCUUCAAGAAGCAUCGUCACCAUGCAGAACGGGAGCACCAGAGCUGAGGUCGGAUGAGGAUGAGCUACCCAGCACCCAAAAAGAACUGCCAGAUAGUGAGGACUGUCAUGUGAGUGAGCCAUCACAGCUCACAGUGGACUGUAAUGAAGAAGAGAGCACUCACAGCCCCACUCCAGAGUCAGAGUCCCCGAGCAGACCCCAUCCAUCCGCAGAUCCCUGCCAGCAUUCAACUGAGCCAAUGAAAGAAGGAGAAGCUGAAUCAGAAGAUUGCACUGAAGAGACACAGUGUAUUAUACCACAGGAGAGUAUCAAUAUUGUCUCCGAUGAGCUGCAGCAGGACGUCUGACCAGAACAAAAAGGUACGCGCCUUCCUCAUCUGGACCUACCCAUUUAGCUUUAGUCAGCGUUAUGGACUACAUUAGGUGCACCUCUACAACUCUGAACUGUCAGAAAAGCUGAAAGACUCUGCUGCUUCUCUCUGUGGGAGAUCACUAUACAUGGAAGUGUGGUUCCUUAGUCACUCUAACGGUCAGAUGUGCUGAUCUGCGGUUAUGAAACCGGCACCUCAUCAGAACAGGGCAGCAGUGUGGGAAUGCUGUUAGUGACAGUUGCUCUCAGCUGGUUUCACUCUUCAUUCACUAUUUUGUUAUUAUUUCUGUCAAAAACACUUAUCUGCGGAUUAAAAAGAAAAAAGUCUAGUACAUUCCAGAUUAGUAUUAAUGUUUCCUUUGGUGUUACUGUUGUAGCACCACUGUCAAAUAUAACAGAGACAAAAAAAAACAUAAAAACUCUGGGUUCCUGCACGUCCUCAAAAAGAAUGGGAAAGAAUGACAUAUGGUUUGUUUUCAUUUGCAUUUUACAGUUCUGUGGAAGGACAGAAAAAUGUAUGAUUGGAAAAUCCUGGUCAUCUAAAAGAGAAAAGUUGGAAUGUCUCAAGGGGAUGCAGAUUAAACAGGGAUGUUUCACAUAGACUCUGUGUUAAAGACCAACAUUCCCCCCGCGGUUCAUUAGGAGAAUCCAGAUUAAAGGUGCUUUAACACAGACUUCUUCUCCAUUUUAAUUAGAUUUUCUUUCUCUCUGCCUGCUUUUAUUGUGAAAAUUAUUGAUGUCAUGGAAAAACAAACAAGACUUGGCAUGUAAUUCAGUUAGUUUUGAUUCUCGUUUCUAAUUACAGGCUGUAAGCACAAAGCUCUGUUUUCCACCCUCAGCUCCAUGCUGCUUGUCAUUCUGCAUCUGGCUGCUCUUCUCCCAACGCUGUAAUUCUUUGCAGUUUGUUUUUCUGAGCUCCACUACGGCUUUAGCGAUCAUGCACAUGCUCAUGAUAUUUCCCACGUCUCAACGAAUUGAUUUACAAAUAUGGUAGGAACAUACAGAUGUGUGUACUCUCUAAAUUUAAUGAAUAUGCGAGAAAACACUGAAUAUGUGGGGACCCUGGAAACUGCUAAUUAUGCCUGUGAGCCUCCUCAAUUCAAACUUAAAUGUGUCUCAUAACUCUGCUGCUGAUAUAUCCAUGAGCUGAUGCUUCUUUUACACAACAAAAAGGGGACAAAGGUCAAAACUAAACAAAAAAACACUUGGCUUCCCCUGUAGGCGUUCCAGUGGCAUUAAAGUAGCUUUAUUUUUUUGUUUAUCACAAUGUGAAAUACACACUGUUCUGAUCUGCUCAAGCAAAUAAGCUUUUUUUAUUUAACAACUGCACGCUGAUCCGUCCUGUUUGAAUUUAUUCAUUGGCAAUUAAUUAAAGCAGAAACAGAAAAUACUAAAUGUUUUCAUUAACAUUGAUGUCUUUAUCCUGAUUUGUGGUUAGAGGCUAACUCAUGACUAAUUUUAUUUAUUUAUUAAAGUCACUCAAGAACUGUUCUGUUUAACAAUAAUAAAGAAAAAAA